GACUACAGGAACCGCACGCGAGCCAUGGAGGAGCUGAAGAGGGUGGUCGGAGGUGCCAGCCAGGCUGCGGUGACCUCCACGCCUGCCGCCAGCCUCCUGGGGCUCAUCAGCUUCCUCUGCGCCCUUCUCGACGACUCCAACUUCAAGGUGGUGCUCGGGGCGUUGGAGGUGAUCCAUCUGCUGGCCCUGCGCCUGGGCGACGAGGUCCAGGCCUUCCUGGCUCCUCUGGUCUCUGCUGCUGCUAAAGUGGUCAACAUCUGCAUCGUGGCCCUCCUCACUUACCCCGGCGAGGAGCUGGACUUGGCCAAGCUGGCGUUCGGGCUGGCUCCGGCACUGGUGGACAGCAAGCGCAGGGUCCGGCAUGCUGCCAUGGAAGCGUUCGCUGUGCUGGCGUCUUCCAUGGGCCCGGGCAAAACCGCCCUUCUCUUCAAGGCGGUGCAUGCCGUGGAGCUUGAGGACAACGGGAGCGGGGUGGUGCACGCAGUGCAGGCCAGGCUGGCCAGGAAGACUUUGCCGAAGGUAGUGGACCAGGGGUUUGUGGAGUACGCUGUGCCCUUGCCUUCUUCUGGUCGUAACAGGGGCUCGUGUUUGCCCCCUGGCGCAGAUACAGACUGGCUGCUGAUGGGCAGCAGGACUCAGAGCGCACACAGUUACUGUGGCCAUCACGUGCAGGACGGUGCUCUGCAAAGUUCCAGCUCACACGGCGCCUUUGCCCAUCAAGGAGUGGGUCCAAGGAAAGUCUUGAGUGCGGGUAAAGGGAAAAGCAAACUGCCGUGGGAAAAUGAGCACGCUGGAGACAGGGAAGGGAGUUCAGGAGUCGAGAUGCCCUUCGCAAAGGAUGAGGAGCAGUUCUCUACAUCCAGUGAUUUUCUUCAUUCUCCAAAGUUAAGGCCUUCUCAAGGAGUACCAGUCAGUGACGAGUUAUUUUUUAGUAGAAAAAGAGCUUCAAGGAAUUUAUUUCAGAAUAGCGUAGAUUUUAACUCCAACCGUUCUUCUGUUUGUGCCGCAGGUGCUACGGGCUCUCAUCAGCCGCAAAUUUCAGGGAAAUGUGGAACACUUGGAUACACACAGGCACAUGGGAAGAGUGGUAGCGUGGACUCCGAUUUACAGUUUUUAGGAUUAAAUAACUGUCAGCAAGACAAAGUUGGUGCCAGCCUAAAUUUUUCCAGCAAGACGCAGAGAAGUUUUUGCAGUCAAGCAGAGCAUACGAUGUCCUUCCAAGGUCCCAGUGCAAGCCAGGGCACCUUCAUUCUGCCGUCCUACCCUCUGCCAUCGCCCAGGAACAGCCCCAAGCACGUCUCCUCUGCAGCUGACUCUCCAAAGAAGUCACGAGAUAAUACCAUGAACUUCUCAAACUCCUGGCCUCUCAAAAGCUUCGAAGGACUGCCUAAGCCGAGCUCACGGAAGCAGCUUCUCGGUCAAAAGUCAGGAGACAGCACAGGGGAGAACUUGCAGGAGAAGCAUUCUCCUCUGCAGCUGAAGCCCACGCUGGUGAGACACCCAGCCUCCCGCAGGGACCUGGCUGGGACCAGACCCGUGCCCCCCAUUCCCCGCCUCGCCAGCCCGCUGCCCGACAGGACUGAGCUAAACGGGACAAAGUGGAGAAAUGAGGAGUGUGAGGACGUGUGGCUGGAUGAAGUGGGGAGGAAGCUUGCAGCUGAUCUUUCAGAGCUCGGUGUCGAUGACGAGGAAGUGGACCAAGAAGAGAUGCAGAAUUCUCUCCGGUCGCUGCGGAACAGUGCGGCCAAGAAGAGGGCGAAGCUGAGCGGCACCGUUCCGGAUCUGGAGAGCCCCGAUUCUGCUCUUACACCCGACCUGUCCACGGGCUCCUGCAGCCAGGAGUCUCUGACUUCACCCACGUCCACACUGCCCCCCAGGAGGAGAGGAACGUCAGACACCUUUCCACUACUUGGCAGCAAAUCACAGCCUGUAAGAGUAUCGUCAGCAAGAAGCAGAGACUCAAAUGUGGCAGAACAUAACUCCAGCACAGGUCCUUCAGAGUCAACAUCUGGUUUUCCACAGAUGAACAAUCGAGAUUUCAUUUCACCAAGUGUCCUGUCUGAAGGUGCAGCUGUAAUUUUUGAUAAAGGUGUUUUUGGAAGUCCUCCUCCUGCACAGUCAUACAGCCAGCCCAUAAUGUGCGUAGCGAAUGGAGAUGACCAGGCUGUCGAAGAGGAGACUGAGCCAUCAGCAGGGAUCUGCGAGAGAAGCAUCCAGCAGAACAGUGCUUCUCAUUUCCAUGUUGAAAAUGAAAGAGAGAUAAAAGUUACCAUGUCAAAAUCUGCCCGGGAUAAGAUAAGGCGGAAGAAAAGAGAAGAAAAAGAACAGGCUCAUAAAGAACAUCAGGAAGUCAAAGACCUUGAAGAAAAAGGAGAAAACCCUUGGGAAAGACUUCAACUGAAUGAACCAGAGAAAACGACAACAGAAAAUGAAAUUCCUCUCGGGACACGAGGACGCUAUAAAGACCGGAACCCAUCAGUCACUCAUAGCCCAGAAAUAAUGGACCCGUCAGAACUGCAGCCCUUUUUGAAACCAGAAAUGGCACUGGCAGAAGCCUUGACCUUUUUAGCUGAUGAUGACUGGGAGAAGAAAAUCGAAGGUCUGAACUUUGUUAGAUGUUUGUCUGCCUACCAUGCAACUGUUCUGACUGCAAAGCUACAUGAAACAAGUUUGGCUGUGGCUCAAGAGGUCAAGAAUUUACGCUCAGGUGUUUCUCGAGCUGCUGUGGUGUGUUUAGGGGAUUUGUUCACCUACCUGAAAAAGAGCAUGGACCAAGAACUAGAUAAUACAGUAAAAGUCCUUUUGCACAAAGCUGGUGAAUCCAACACUUUUAUAAGGGAAGAGGUAGACAAAGCACUGAAGGCUAUGGUUAAUAAUGUGACUCCAGCACGUGCACUUUGUUCUCUUAUAAAUGGAGGGCAAAGGUAUUAUGGUCGAAAGAUGCUCUUCACUAUGAUGACUCAUCCUGAUUUUGAUAAAACGCUUGAAAAGUACGUGCCGACCAAGGAUUUGCCUUACAUUAAGGAAUCUGUUAGCAGUCUGCGUGAAAAGGGUUUGGGGGAGAUGCCGUUAGAUACACCCUCAGCAAAAGGAAGACGUUCCCAUACCAGUAGUGUUGGACAUUUGAGGUCAUCAUCUACGUCCAGAGAUGCUCUCAACAUCACUGACAG